AUGGCAACUCCAGUUGAAAUUAACCAAGAUGUGUACUCGGAGGGUACAUUAUCUCAUAAAUCAAGUCGUUCAUCAUUCAGCGAACAUGGUGAUGUGAGGGGACCAAUGCGCGAUAUUAAUGAUGACGCCUUAUCCAUGGUCUCCUAUCCAGAUCUCGCUGGACGCAAAGGAUUUACCAGCCCUGACCACGAGGCUUCAAAGUCCGUGUAUGAAGCCUGGGAGGUUCUUCUUAAGGAUGAUACAGUCUACUUGGCUAGCUGGAAGCUCUUUUGCGGUAUCAAAUACGGGUGUAGAUGGUCGGUCUAUGACGACGGGUUUCUGGACCUCAGGCCCCUGACCAGCUAUGGCCAGGGAGAACUCGCUGAUUUGCACGAGAGUGCAGUUCAAGAAUACGAGGCAAAACACUCCAAGAAGGGAACAUCGUACGCGCAAGACCUGGCCAAUCGAGUUUCUGACCUGGAAGAUGAGGUAUACACCAAGGUCCAGCACCUCAUCGAAAGUAAAAUGGCGACAACCAACAGGACACCAUUCCGCCGACGGGAAUGGCGCGUUGUGGUGCUGGAGGAAAGUGAAUACCUCAUGACAGAGCUACCCCCACAGCGUAAGAAGAAUCUCUUUUGGCGCUGUCGACAGGAACCGUCAGCACGGAAGGUUUUCCUUAUCAUUCAUGGCGAGGAAGUCAAGGCGACUAAGGAGGAGGGAGGCUGGCGGCUGUUCAACCGCCAUUCUAACCCUUGGUGGAGAAUCGACGCACGGGAGACUCAGGAAGCGCGUAAGGAGCACCAACAACACUUUGACAAGGUCGACCAACGCCUUGCUAUGAGACGACGUCCUAUCGUUCACGAUAGACCGAGCGUGAAAUACUCUUAA